AUGAUCUCGCUACAGUAUUUUGGAAGUAAUGUCACUUUUUUAAUUGUUAUUGUAAGUUCUUUAAAAAUUUUCAUAGAUUUAGUAUUGUACUAGACAGAAGAGUAUUGUAAGAUACUUUAUACUAAGGUAAGGUAGAGUAGGGUAUGACAAAAUAACGACAUAUUUUUUAGUUUAAUAGUAUAUGGGCCAACGUUGUGAUAAACAACGUGUCAGCUUCAGUAACGGGUAUUCAAGUCGUCAAAGAUUGCAACAAAGAGUGUAAAGAUGAUUGGAUUUGUGUUCGAAUGAUAAAGUAAGUCCUUAAUUUCUUUUUUUUUAAAUAAGUAGACUUGAAAGUGGGUUUCUUAAGCUUGUUUUAACCUGGCCUAAGCAUAUAUAACAGAGACCGGUCCGGUAUAUAUAGACCAGAUCCGAAACCAAGGUUCAGGAGCCCUGCUUAGGUCUUGAAACGAAAGAUUUGAUUUGUUAAAAGAUGCCAAGCCGAGCCAAACAAAGAGCCCUGCCUGGUCUCGUUACAAGCUUAGCGGCAUAUAAAACUAAAAAACGUGUUUUAUUUUAAAAUUUUUAAUUUAAAUUUAAAAAGUAAUAAUUUUAUAAUUUUUUAGCUCACUACCAGUAAAGUGCGAAACCGAAACAAAUAAAGUAAUCAAACGAUCAGUUCUUGCCAAUGGUAUUGAAGAUCAAGAACAAAAAGAAACUGAACAACCUACAAAAACACCACCAGAACUUGAAAAUUCAAACAAUAUAAAACCUAAAUCCAGAAGUCGACGUCAUAAUUUAGAAGCGAGAAAGUUUGUAGAUCAACUGGCUUACCUAGUCAUUAGUUUAUCAAUUGGAUUUAUUGCGUUUUUCUUCUUGUUUGUUAUGCUAUAUCGAUUUGUACGACGUCAUUUUUUCAAGGAUACACAAUAAAUUUUAAAAAAAUUUUUUUUAUAUAAUUUAUAAACCUUUUGCCUGUUAGGCUGCCAUAUAAUACUGCUAUGUCUUAGGCUGAAGCUAAACUUGAGGCUGAGGUUGAAGUUGAAGGUACGGUUGAGAGUAAGGUUGAGGCAGAGGUUGAGGUUGCGAUUGUGGUUGAAAUUGAGGUUGAGAUUAAAAUUGAAGUUGGUGUUAAGAUUGAAUUUGAUGUUGAGUUUGAAGUUGCGGUUAUAGUUGAGGUUGGGGCUGAGGCUAAGGCUGAGGCUGGGGUUGGGACUGGAGCUCUCAGCUAG